AUGUCUUCUCUGGGGCAAAUAGUCAUCAUACCCCCAUCUCUGAGGAAACCUGUCCUCCAGCAGCUUCAUGUGGGGCAUUGUGGUAUGGUGCGAAUGAAGGAACUGGCAAGAAGUUACUUUUGGUGGCCAGGUCUUGAUGGGGACAUUGAAGGGAAAGCAAGGUCAUGCCCAUCUUACCAGCAAGUGAGAAAUGAACCUCAGUUGGCCCCAAUACAUCCUUGCGACUGGCCAGAAACCCCUUGGCAGCAUGUACAUGUGGAUUUUGCCGGGCCAUUUGAAGGAAAGAUGUUGCUAAUAGUUGUGGAUGCCCACAGCAAGUGGCCUGAAGUUGCUGUUAUGCACUCUACAACUGCUGAGAAAACAGUAGUAAAACUGGAAGAAAUGUUUAGCCAUUUCGGCUACCUUGAACAACUUAUCAGUGACAACGGGCCACAGUUUAUAUCACAUGAAUUUGCUGUGUUCUUACAAUGGUGUGGUGUACAACAUAUUAAAUCAGCUCCUUACCACCCAGCCACUAAUGGUCUUGCUGAAAUGAUGGUUCAAACCAUCAAACACGUCGUAAAGACAUCACAAGGACAAGGUAGCCUGCACCUGCACCUGAACAACUUCCUGUUGUCAUACCAAAACACCAACCAUGGGACAACAAAGGCUUUUCCAGCUUCUCUUAUGCUGAAGCGUUCGUUGCGCUCUGGAUUUGACUUACUGAGACCUUCUACAGUCAAAAAGGUGGUAACUCGUCAGCAGCAGAAACAAGUUCAUAGGAGAGACAUGAAAGCUAAGAGCAGACUGUUUCAUCCUGGGAAAAAUGUUCUGGCACGCAACUAUACGUCAAGACCAAAGUGGGUACCAGCAACUGUAAUUGUUCAAACCGGCCCAGUGUCAAAUACUGUACUAACAUCUGACAAGUUUAUCUGGAAAAGACACUUGGAUCAACUGUUGCUGGGAUCUGCCACUGAGGCUGAGACUUCUGUUGCCACACCCACUUCUUGUUGA